AUGAAGGUGUUCGAGAAUGACAUAACGUUCGACUUCUCACCUAUUCAAACCCUCUCUGCGCUACACCGUAAAUACCCAAAUCCAUUUGCCACCCACGUCUACUCUGUAGACACGAUAAAUAGGAGUAUAGAUCCAGAUACGGGCAUACUCAGAUCAGAGAGGUUGAUAGGUGUACAGCAGGGUGCACCCAAAUGGAUAACCAAGCUAUUCCAUCUACCUCCUACGGCAUACGUGAGAGAAGUCGUGUUUGUAGAUCCAUUCAAUACAUCAGCGACGAUGAUGUCCGUCAAUCUAAGCUUAGCUCAAUACGUAUCAUGCCUCGAACUCAUCAAUUACCUACCAUCGCCUUCCAACCCCUCAGUGACAGAGUUCAAACAACGAGCUUUGUUGAUAUCUGGUUUCCCGACGCGGAUGAUAGCUAGGAGGAUUGAGCAGGCGAGUCUGGAUAGGUUCAAGAGCAACGCGGGUAUAGGGAAGAAAGGAUUUGAAUGGGUUUUGCAAGGUGGUGAUCAGGCGAGUUUACCUAGACCGACGUUAGACUAG